AUUCAUCGAUCCGAUAUUUAAAUGAGAUAUGAUUAUUCAGCCAAUCAAAUAAUUCGAUUUAUUCUGCCCGCAUCUGUAACUUUCAUGAGACGCCAUAUGCAUCACAAACAGAAUGCGGCGAAAAUGUGAUACGUGAUAUUUUUCAACGAUGGUAAGAAGAUGUGUGUGGGGUACUUGCAAUUCAGACGAAAGAUAUCCCGAAAGAUUAAUUGGAGUUCGAUUAAUUCCGUUUCCCCAGCCUAAACAGGAUCAAGAAAAGUGUUUAAGAUGGAUUAAAGCAUGUGGUCGUCCUCAUCAUCAACUAAAUGUAAACAAUAUUGACGGAAAUAGAAACAAAGUUGUGUGCAGUAAACACUUCAUUGGGGAAAAUAGACCAACUCAGUCAUAUCCAGAUCCUAUUCCUGCAUGUGGAGGUACAUGCACUCCAAGUCGACCCUUACCAAAUAAACGGAAAGCAUGCAAGUCUUCAAAACCAACACCAAAGGAAAAAAAACAGAAGCUGGAGGAAGUAUUUUUGGAUAAGGAAAACUCGGAUCCUCAAGAGCUCAAUGAAACUGAGUGCAGUGGAACCUUUGAGCAAAGCACACAGACAAGUGAAAGAUUUGUGUCUCCUUUGGAAUUCUUGUCCAUGACAGCAGAGGUACAAUCACUAAAACUGAAAGUUCAAGAACAAGAAAACAUCAUUUCUGACCUUAAAAAACAGCAGAUAAAGGAAGUAAAAACAGAACAGUUUGGUGUGAACCAUGUUUUAAAUAACAAGACCAAUCAUAAAAACUUAUUUAAACACUAUGCUGGCAUUACCUAUGUUCGCUUUCUGGCACUCUUAUCUUUUUUGAUCCCUGACAAUUUUACCUUGAGUUAUGAAAAAGGACGUAGUGAUUUGAAAAAUCUGUCGAAUGACGAUGGUCUAUUUCUUACUCUUAUCCGCUGUAGACGUGAUUUUAGUUUGGCAGAUUUAGCAACAAAAUUUGGACUCAAAAUUCAGUCUGCUGGAGUAGUUUUCAACACUUGGAUUGACCACAUGUAUUUCAAAUUUGGACAAUUAUCAAUUUGGCCACACAGAGAAACAAUUAUAAAGAAUAUGCCAUCAAAAUUUAAGAAAGAUUUUCCAAACACUUUGAUAAUCAUAGAUGGCACUGAAAUGAAAACCCAAACUCCUUGUGCACUAGGAUUACAGAGCCAAUUUUACUCGGAUUACAAAGGCAGCAUAACCCUCAAAUGCCUCAUUGGUUGUGAUCCUCGUGGUAGUGUAAUGUUCAUUUCAGAACUUUUUACGGGGUCCAUUUCAGAUAAGGCUUUAACUAAGGACAGUGGUUUUCUGGAACUUUUAGAAAUUCUAAAAGACUGUGGACACAUUCUGAAUGGAGAUGCAGUGAUGGCAGACAAAGGCUUCACAAUUGAAGAAGAACUAAAUAAACUUAAUAUAAAACUCAACAUUCCACCUUUCAUAAAAGAAGGAAAGCAAAUGACAUCUGGAGAAAUUAAAAUGACCCAAAAAAUAGCCAAACAUAGAAUUCAUAUAGAGAGAUUGAUUGCCAAGAUUAAGAAAUUUUUAAUUGUAAAGCAUGAUAUACCAACUUCAAUGUUUUCUAAGAUUAACAAAAUCUGGUCUAUCUGUUGUUUUUUAACACUUUUUCAGGACACUUUUGUUAAAGAUAAGCAUUAAAUCCUUGUCUUCUAA